AUGGAAGCAGCCGACGAUCAGCGACCGCAGCCGCAGCUGGAGAUGCCGCAGCACGACAAGGCGUACACAUUCGCCGCCGCCGAGGAGAUGGCGACCACCACCACCACCACCACCACCACCACCAAGACGAAGCAGCUCUCCGAUGAAUCCGACGCCGGCGAGCCAGAGGAGAACUACCGCGGAUGGAAGUCAAUGCCCUACGUCAUAGGGAACGAGACGUGCGAGAAGCUGGGCACCAUCGGCACCACGGCCAACCUGCUGGUGUACCUCACCACCGUCUACGGCAUGACGGGCGCCAGCGCCGCCACCUUGCUCAGCCUCUGGUCGGGCACCGUCAGCAUGGCGCCGCUCCUGGGCGCCUUCCUCAGCGACAGCUACCUGGGCCGCUACACCACCAUCGCGCUCGCCUCCAUCGCCUCCUUCCUCGGCAUGAUCAUCCUCACCCUCACCGCCGCCGUGCCGUCCCUCCACCCCGCGGCUCAUCCCAAACCCACCACCAGGCCGUCGUCGCUCCAGAUGGCCGUGCUCCUCGCCUCCUUCGCGCUGCUCGCCGUGGGCGCCGGCGGCAUCCGCCCCUGCAACCUGGCCUUCGGCGCGGACCAGUUCGACCCGCGCACCCCCGCGGGCCGCCGGGGCAUCAACAGCUUCUUCAACUGGUACUACUUCACCUUCACCAUCGCCAUGAUGAUCUCCGCCACCGUCAUCAUCUACCUCCAGAGCAACGUCAACUGGGCGCUGGGGCUCGCCGUGCCGGCCACGCUCAUGGGCCUCUCCUGCGUGCUCUUCUUCAUGGGCACGCGACUCUACGUCCGAGUCCGGCCCGAGGGCAGCCCCUUCACCAGCUUCGCACAGGUCCUCGUCGCCGCCGCGCGCAAGCGCCGUCUCCCCGCACCUUCGCCCGCCGACCUCUACGACCCGCCACACCGCAGCAGCCUCGUCUCCAAGAUCGCGUACACCGACCAGUUCCUCUGCCUCGACAAGGCCGCCGUGCGCACCCCUGACGACGACGCCAACAACCCCAUCAACCCAUGGCGCCUCUGCACGCUGCAGCAGGUGGAGGAGGUCAAGUGCCUGGCGCGCCUGUUCCCCGUCUGGUCCUCCGGCAUCGUCUACUACAUCGUGCUCACCAACCUCGGCAACUACAACGUGCUCCAGGCCAUGCAGACCGACCGCCACGUCGGCCGCGGCAGCUUCCAGAUCCCCGCGGGCUCCUUCGUUGUCUUCAACAUGCUGGCGCUCACCCUGUGGCUCCCCUUCUACGACGGCGUGCUCGUGCCGGCCAUGCAGCGCCUCACCAAGCGCGAGGGCGGCAUCACCCAGCUGCAGCGGAUCGGCGUCGGGAUCGUCCUCUCCAUCGUCACCAUGCUUGUCGCUGCCGCCGUCGAGAGACACCGCCGCAGGGUCGGCGACAGCACCUCCUGCUUCCUGCUCGUGCCGCAGCAGAUGCUGGCCGGCCUCUCCGAGGCGUUCGCCAUCAUCGGACAGGUCGACUUCUACUACAAGCAGUUCCCGGAGAACAUGCGCAGCGUCGCGGGGGCGCUGCUAUCCCUGGGCUUCGCCAUAGCCAGCUACGCCAGCGGGCUCAUGGUCAGCGUCGUGCACGGGACCACGGGCGGCCGCGACGGACGCCCCGACUGGCUGGCGCAGGACCUCAACCAGGGACGCGUCGACCUCUACUACCUGCUCAUCGCCGCCAUGGCGGCCGUCAACCUCGUCUACUACGUCGUCUGCGCGCGCUGGUACAGGUUCAAGAAGCCGGCAGCCGCCGACGCCGACGUGGAGCUGGAGCUGGAGCUGGAGGGAAAGGCCGCAGCGCCUCCUGUCUGA